AUGUCGUCGAAUACGAUAGACACGGGCAAGCUGGCUCUGAUUUCUCAGGGCGCGGCCUAUGGACUCUUGAUUGGACUUGGCGUCCUUUUUUGCGGCGUCAUUUUGGUCGCCGUCAAAAUCCAGAAGUUGUAUCUUUCGGAGGAUUCUGGGAAGUCAGAGAUGUUCAUGGUCGCCAAUCGGUCUGUUGGGACGGGUUUAACUGCGUCCGCGGUCUUUUCAUCUUGGAUGUGGAUCAACGAGACUGUGCUGGCGGCCGCAAUGUGCUACAGAUAUGGCUUGGCCGUUCCAUUGUGGUGGGGAUCUGGACUAUGUUUCCAAAUUGCAUUAAUGGCGGCACUUGGUGUGAUGGCCAAGAUUCGAGUUCCCUACGCGCAUACUUCUCUUGAAAUUGUCCGAAUGAGAUAUGGCAAGAUUGGACAUGUUGUCUUCAUUAUCCUCAAUCUGGUCAAUAAUGUCUUCGGGUGCGCCUCUAUGAUUAUGACCGGGUCCCAGCUCAUCUAUGGUGUUUCGGGUAUGCACUUUGUGGCAGCGACUAUUCUGAUUCCACUCGGAGUGGUGUUGUAUACCGCAGUAGGUGGCCUGAAAGCUACAUUCUUGACCGACUUCCUGCAUACCGCCAUUGCGUUGAUCCUUAUCAUCUACUUCACCAUUGCUGUUCUGACAAACGACGCCAUUGGUGGCUUGGGUGGUCUCUAUGAGAAAGUGGCCGCUACUGCGAGCGAGAACUACAUCCCUGGUAAUUAUGAAGGAUCUGUCCUCACUUUUAAAUCCAAGGGCGCAAUUAUCUGGGGUUUAAUUCUGAAGUUUGGCAACUUGGCUCUUGUUGUUAUGGACACUGCAUUUUGGCAAAAGUCAUUUGCAACCGAAGUCAAAGCUACUGUCCCUGGCUAUAACAUCGCCGCUGUCGCGGUUUUCGGCAUCCCCUGGGGAAUCGGCACCGUACUCGGCUUGACAGCUCGGGCAAUCCACAACACCCCCAUUUUCCCAACUUAUCCCAACCCUCUAACUGACACCGAAGUCAGCAUGGGAAUGGUGAUGCCAUAUGUCAUCAAAGCACUGAUUGGUGAUGGCGGAAUCGUGGGAUUCUUCAUCCUGCUCUUCAUGGCGAUCACCAGCACGGUUUCCUCUUCCAUGAUUGCAGUCAGCAGUAUUCUGUCCUAUGAUUUAUACAAAACAUACUUCAACCCGCAAGUGACAGACAAGAAGCUCGUCAAGGUCAGUCAUCUGACAGUGGUGAUCCACGGCGUCUUCAUCACCGGAAUUUCAAUCGCAUUGAACUACGGCGGCGCCAAUAUGACUUGGAUCGGCUACUUGCGACCUGUGAUAUCCUGUCCCGGAAUCAUCCCGGUCAUUCUUACCCUUUUCUGGUCGCGGCAAACUCGUCUUGCUGCCAUUUUAUCCCCGAUACUGGGUUUCUUCACGGGUCUGACUGUCUGGCUCGUUACCGCGAAGACAAUGUACGGCGCGGUGGACAUUGCGGCAACAUCAAACCAGUAUCCAGCCCUUUAUGCGGCGAUUGCUUCUUUCUUCUCGCCGGCGCUUUACUCCGUUCUCAUCUCGCUGUACAAGCCUUACACCUUCGACUGGCGAGUAUUCCUCCGUAUCGAACUACAAGACGAAGCCAAACUACACGCCGAUUCAAACUCUACGACGCCGAACGAUAGCGGUGAUGAGACUACCAAUGCGUUCGAAGAAAACGAGGUCAAGAAACCCGUUGGGAGUACACCCACCUCGAAAUCGAUCAGCAGCAAUGACCCGGAGCGUAUUGGCGCUAUCGAUGAAAAGGCUCCGCCCAAGACACCGCCAUCUCUUGCGGUAGAACAACAGAGUCUAGACGACAUCCAGCAUCCAUUCGACGACGCAACAAUCAAAGAACUCUAUCGCUGGCUGAACAUUGCCAUUGUGUUUUUCGUCGUCAUUGUAUUGGUCACUAUCGUUGCCUGGCCUCUCCCACUUUAUCGUGACUACAUCUUCACCAAGUCCUUCUUUUCUGGGUGGGUCACUGUCGCGAUUGUAUGGCAAUUUGGAGCCUUUGGGGCCGUCGUUGUUUACCCUCUUUACGAUGGAAGACAUGAGAUUGCAACGGGUGCUCGUGGAAUUUGGAAUUCCUCGAGACGGUUUUUCGGGAAGAGAAGCGAGGCUUGA